GGCUCAAUAUAGAGUACGUGUUCUUAUCUGGUCUAAAUAGAACUAUUAUUUGUAAAUAAUUGUCAUAAUUAAGAGAAAACAAAUAAUAAUUUAUAUAGAAAAUAAUUAGCUUACAUCAUGUACAAAAAUACAAUGUCAUGUGACAAAUCAUGUGUGCAGGUGUGUUUACAUCCAACAUGUGAAAAUGUGAGAGCUAUUUUCAUUUCUCUAAGAAGUUUGAACACCUUAUGAUGGCUAUAUUUUCAGUAAUCACUGUGUGCUUUGUCGCUUUUCUAAUAAGAGGAUGUACAGGUACAGGUUUACCAUCUUUGACAUUCUCCAAGACUGAUAUACAAUUAGCUGUUGAUUCUACUGAGCAAUUAACACUAACUCCACAAUCACACAUCAUUGAAGAUGCAACAAUUUUAUUUAUGUAUGAAAGUGGUAAAGACACUUCUUACAAAGAGAAGCAUAAUUUAAUAGUACCAGUACCUAAUGUUAUAAUACAUGGAAACACAACAAAAGGAGUGAAGGUUAAUAUAACAGCAGUAACUGCAGGUCAUCUGACGUUACGAGUCAAUUCAUCAUCGCCAGAAAUAGAAAACUUAGAGAAAUGUUUUGUAAGAAUAACAUUAGUGCAUAAUAAAGCUCUAGUCAUUAUCAAUGCUGUUAUUGGAUGGAUAUACUUUGUUGCUUGGUCAAUCUCAUUUUAUCCACAAGUCAUCUCCAACUGGAAGAGAAAAAGUGUUGUUGGACUGAACUUUGACUUUCUAGCUUACAACCUGACUGGUUUCCUUGCCUAUGGAUUUUUCAAUGUUGGAAUGUUUUGGGUAGAUAGUGUGAAGAAAGAAUAUGCAGAUGCACAUCCAAGGGGAAUUAAUCCAGUACAGCUUAAUGAUGUUAUAUUUACAAUACAUGCAGUGUUUGUCACUAUUAUAACUAUCUUCCAGUGCACAGUGUAUGAGAGAGGUGGACAGAAGAUAUCCAAAGUUAGUUUAUUUAUAGUGAUAGGAGCAUGGUUGUUUAUACUGGUGUCAUUAUUUGUAACCGUAGCGAAAGUUAUAACAUGGCUGACGUAUCUGUACUACUUCUCCUACGUCAAGUUAGGAGUAACUCUUAUAAAAUAUGUUCCUCAGGCUUAUAUGAAUUUCAAGAGAAAAAGCACUGACGGUUGGAGUAUUGGAAAUGUUAUCUUAGAUUUUACUGGUGGAUCAUUUAGUUUGUUACAGAUGUUUUUAUUGGCUUACAAUAGUGAUGACUGGGGUUCUAUAUUUGGAGAUCCAACAAAGUUUGGUCUUGGAUUCUUUUCCAUCUUAUUUGACAUUUUAUUUAUUAUCCAACAUUAUGUGCUAUACAGAGGAAGAACACCAUACUAUACAAUCAUACCAGACACAACUGAAUAUGUUGAAAAGCCUGUCAAUACACCAGUUGCAACAGGUUAAAAAUGAAAAAGUGAGGGAAAAAACCCCACUUUUUUAAAGAAAUGGAUCUUGUAUAUAUUUUUUUAAUAUUUAUAUGUUUAUAUAUGUAAAAAAAAUUAGCGUUCAAUUAAUCAUGUUGGAAAAAUUAGAGAGAAUGCAUUUAAUAAAAGUUAUAUGGUAAAGAAGGAUUGCCCAUGGGUGGCCUUAAUUGGGCUGUUUUCUGCAUUUUGGUGUGGUUGUUGUCUUUUUAAACAUUCAACAUUUUCAUUCUCAGUUUUAGUUUGUCAAAAAUAAAAAUAACCAUUAUAAAUAUUCUGUAAGCCUUUAAAUAAAGGAAGUACUAGAAUGUUUACACUUUUGUUUUACACAUUUGUGAACAUGAUAAUAUCUGAACUCAUAGCUCAUGCUCAUAACUAUUGCCUAGAUCAUGUGUUUAAAAAGUUCUGUAAACUCUGUUUACACAUCUAAUGGCAAUUGAUAUUGUUAUUUCUUGUUGAAAAAUUGUUGAUAUGUGACUACUGUAAUGAAUACCAUAUUGUUGUCAUGAAUUGUAUAUGAAUAAACUUUUUAUUAUA